AUGGCGCUGUGGCAGCCAUCCCGCACCUUCCCGUCCUUUUCCCCCGUGGAUAAGAGCAUCCUCCAAACCCUAACCCUGUCCGGUCCCUCCUCAUUCUCCCCUCCGCCUAGCACCCUCCUCCAGAUCCAACCGCGCCUGACGCAGUGGUCACCAUGCUACUGCACUGCUCUGCUUGCAACACUGCUGCUGCGAUACCGCGGCCCGCGACCGUCGCUGCUGCCUAGUCCCCGCGUCGACCGCGCCCGAGCCCUCUGUCCCCGCCCUCGGUUCCCGCUGCUCCCCUGCCUGUCGUGCCGGCCGCCGUUGUCGCGCCCGCCCCGACCGUCUUACUCGCGCGCACCCCACACCCCGCCGCACAGCCCUGCAUCGCCAUCACUGCAUGCUGCUGCUCCGCACUGCUAUGGCUCUUGCCACCGCACCCGCACCCACCGUUCCCCGCCGCUACCUUGCUCCUGCGCCAAGCCGCUGCUUGUUGAUGCUCUGCCGCUAGCUGUUGCUUGCUCUGCGCGCUACUGGCGCCGCUGCUCUACUGCAGCGCCCCGUCCCUGCGCGCUCGCCACGCUCACUGCUGCGCCGCCCUGCCCGUGCUCGCCCCUUCCCGCAUGGCGCCUUCUCGCCCCGGCCUCGCGCUCCACCCGACUGGCCACUGCUGGCCCCCACGCCCGGCACCACCCUCCGCCCCGCGCCCGGGUCCGGCGCCCUCGUCCGCCAGCGACCAACCACCUCGCGGCCGCGGCCCCGGCUGGCCGCGUCCGGCGCCCACGCCCCUGGCAUCGGUGGCGCACGCGCUUGCAGCCCCGUUAA